GAGCGUCCCUGGCCGUGGGGCUGACAGCAUUUGGGAGCACGGGGUCUUGUUCUCUGCGCUCUCGCCCAUCUGUGCUCAGAGCCUCGUUCCCGGGCUCCUGGAGCCCGGCGGGCAUUGACGUCAAGCGGCGGCGGAGCGCUGCCUACAGACGGCUGACCCGGGCCCUCCUCCACAUCCCCUUCCUUCCUCACCCCCUCCCUCUUCACCGCACCCGGCUGGAGCUGGCUAUAAGAAGCAGGAGAGCAGAGUGCCCCGGCAGCUACGAGACUCAGCACCAUGGAGAGCUCCCGCCUGCGGCUGCUGCCCCUCCUGGGCGCCGCCCUGUUGCUGCUGCUACCUCUGCUGGGUGCCCGUGCUCAGGAGGAUGCCGAGCUGCAGCCCCGAGCCGUGGACAUCUACUCCGCCGUGGAGGAUGCUUCCCACGAGAAGGAGCUGAUUGAAGCGCUGCAGGAAGUCUUGAAGAAGCUCAAGAGUAAACGCAUUCCGAUCUACGAGAAAAAGUACGGCCAAGUUCCCAUGUGCGAUGCCGGAGAGCAGUGCGCUGUGCGGAAAGGAGCCAGGAUCGGGAAGCUGUGCGACUGUCCCCGAGGAACCUCCUGCAAUUCCUUCCUCUUGAAGUGCUUAUGAAGGAUGAUAUCCUUUGCCACAAGUUCCCCUAACCCUUGUGUCCCCCAGAGGAGCACUCAUUUAUCCUCUGGAGUCUGGCUUUAACAACAAUAAAGUUUGCAUUUCCCUCCAAGGGUGAAGGGGCUCUUUUCCUGCUAUUUCAAAAUAAAAGAACACAUUUGAUGUUACUCGUGAAGGAUAAUGCCUCUUAUGGUGUUGGUAUGUGCACAAAGUAUUCUUUUCUCAUUUUUUUUUUCUGAUAAAUUCUUGUGAACCUUUGGGUAAAGAAAAGGAACUUUGCUUUCAAACUGUAUUUUUGUACAUGGCACAGCAGAAUGAACAUUAGACCUAGUUAAUCUUGGUAGAUGACAUCACAACCUGGAAAAUAAACCACCCUGAGCAACACAAAUUGAAGCAUGUACAAAUUAUACAUAAUAAAGUGUUUUUAAUAAUUG